AUGAGUAGAAAAGGAGUUAUAACCAAAAGAGUGAAGACUGUCCAGACGGCUCUAUCGAGAGAACAGCGCCCAAACCGCGCAGUCCGGCUGGCCGAGGAACGAUGUUCCGCGCUCGGCCAAAUCGUCCGUCCGACUGAAGUCUCGGCCAAAGUCCAAACCACUCGGCCGAUCACGCAUCACGACCCGGGAAACAUGUCCCGCGGUCGGCCAAGCCACACGCCACGCCACCGCGCACGACCAAAGCGCGCGAGCCGGGAAACGCCUCGCGGCCGCGCAACCCUUCGCGUACCGGCCGACGUCCGUCCGAGCCGGGAGAACGUCCCACGUCCGGCCGAGAUUUCAUCGGCCAAACUCAAUCCGCUCGACCACGCCGGCCGACCGUGA